CGAAUCUCUUGGCAACCCUAUUUUGCACUUGAUGGUGCGAGGAUGACAGAAUUUUUCCAUCGUAAACAAUCCCGUCGUCGUUUCUGCGUGAAAGUUUAUCCCGUGAUUUUUUGGCUUUGUUUAGUUGCGUCGUGUCAUUUUUUUCGCUAAUUAGAAGAUCGUGCAUACUUCUGCCAUGGAACCGCUCAGUCCACUGCCUCGGCUGCCCACGGAAAUCUUGGUAGCAAUAUUUCAGCACCUGCCGAUGUCCGACUUGGCCCAGGUGCGACUCACUUGCCACCACUGGUACGACACGGUUUGCUACACGUCCUUCCUGAUGGAUCGGUUUAUGCUGUCGUUCAAAAACUGUCGCCUAUACGAGGGCUGCGAGCAGAGUCGGAUUUUGGCCAAGUCCAAGAGCUGCUACACCAAGGCCACCCUGAAGGCAGUCGCCAUCGAAGAAUGCAACAUCCUGUGGCGCUCGCUGGGCGACAACUUGCAGGAUCUCACACUGAACGACUGUUCGCUUUCGGGAGAUACGCUGGUCCGUAUGCUCAAGUUCACCCCGAAUUUGCGAUAUUUGGCCCUCAAAACCACUAAGUUCGAGGACUUCCACAUUCAGGACGUCGUCGUCGAUUUCAAGCUGGAGAAACUGGAAACUCUGACGUUGCGGUCGAUUUUCGUAUACGACGAGUGCUUCGACAUGUUCAAGAAAAUCUGUCCACGGUUGAAAGUCCUCAAGCUAAACUAUUCGUCCUUCGAAGGGUGGGGCGAGAAGUUGGUUCAGUUUGUCCAAGCGGUUCGGACCACACUGGAGGGAAUUAAUCUGAGCUAUACCAAAGUGGGUGCAACACUACUGCAGAAAAUUUCCACUAUCGAGAGGCUGAGGCUAAAGAAGAUAUCUCUCAAAUCAAGCUAUGAUUUGAAACAGCGCGAUAUUAUACAUCUGAGCCGGGUGCAACCGACAAUAGUGCAUCUGAACAUUGACAACCUGUUCCCGGCGGAUGAUCAGAUACUCGGCGAAAUAAGCCGCAACCUCCCCAAUAUGAAGCGGAUCAAACUACACAUCUGCCGAGUGCACAAUUUGUACCAAUCAUUUCUACGUAACAUGCAGCGGUUAGAGUAUCUCAAGAUCACCGACGCCACCCAUGUGGCCGGUAACCUCGAUCUCAGCUGCUACGAGAACUCCAACUUGGAGAAGCUGUACGUUUCGGCCGCCACAUUUUCGCGGAACACAUUGCCACGAUUUUUCGAAAAAUCGCCCAACAUUCGCAGCCUGACGCUGUACCAGUGUUCGUACGAGAACAUCCACGAUUUGCAGCUUUCGUUUGCGCACCUAAAGUCGCUGGAGUACCUAAACCUUCAGCGUACGUUCGACAUCGAUGACAGCUUCUUCAGCAGGACGGUGUUCGACAGUGUCAAUAUGCCGUUUGAGCGCAUUCGAUUCUUCGCCGUUACCAACCUCACGAAAUUGUGCUAUCUUAACCUGAGUCGAUGUCGGGAUCUAUCGGACGAAACUUUGGUGGCGCUCAGUUUUCCACGGCUGAAGAAGAUCGAUCUUCGGGGAUUGAACAUCACGGACUUUGGCAUACGGGCGUUGGUACGGCAGUGUCCCCGUCUGGAGUAUGUCCACGUGGAUGCUUGCAAGCGAGUCUGUGACAGUGCGGUGUUGAUGUUGUGUAGGGAUUUGAAGCGACUGAAGCUGCUGAACCUGGAUGGGUGCCGGUCGAUUACGGAUGCUUCGGUUGACCACGUUAUCAAUCACUGCCGAACGUUGGUGUGGCUCAACAUGAUGAACUGCCCACUGCUGUCGGAUGCCGCCAAGCAACGGUUGGAAAGUAUGCGUAGCAUACGAUCCCUGUACGUCUAGUGUAUACUGUGAUAAGGGCGGCGCGACGGAACGGUGACGGCGUGGGCACUAUUUAUUGAAGUGACGUAUCAAUUUUAAGACAAACCCGGAGACUUAGCCGCUUUCAAACAAGGCGCAACAUAAGGCACAAUAAUCGUUUCAUUCAGAUUUGAAUUAUGGUCAUUCAUGUGAUUUAGAGAAAACAAAAAGAUAUUUACAUAAACUUUGAGAAGAGUGGUGUGUAUUUACACUUAAAUGUGGCGGACAGUUAAACUAUCGUUUUUAGAUUCAUUACUACAUACAUGCUGCUAUUAUUACAAUAGGAUUCUGGCCAUUAGUAGGAAGUGUUUAAAAGUCUAAAUUUAGAGAUUUCGCUGAAUGUUGUAAUGUGGCGAACCAAUGUAGUAGACUAAUUAUAUUACAUAUCUAAAUAUAUAUAUUUUCAACAUUA